AUGUUACCGGGAUAUGUGUACAUAUUGGAUAAAACAUACCCUGGAUCACAUGUGAGAAUGCAAAAAACACAACAAAAUGAGUUCUUGUAUUUGUUUAUAGCACUUAAAGCGUUCAUAAAAGGCUUCGAGUGUUGUAGACCAAUAGUUGUAGUAGAUGGUUCCCACCUUAAAACUACAUAUAACGAUACUUUUGUAUCAACCAGCACGUUGGAUGGUGCAGGUAAUAUUCUACCAUUGGCAUAUGGUGUGAUAGAUUCAGAGAACGAUAAGUCCUGGACCUGGUUCUUUGAGCAGUUUAAACAAGCUUAUGGGAAUAGGGAUAACAUGUGUGUUGUAUCAGACAUACAUGAGAGCAUCAUUAAGGCGGUGUCUAGAGUAUAUCCAACUGUGCCACAUUUGGCGUGCAUAUGGCAUUUAUGGAAAAAUGUGCCCACGAAAUACAAGUCGAAUGGUGAAGUAUUGAGUCCUGUAUUCUAUGCACUUGCAAAAGCAUACACACAGGCUGAGUUUGAUAAGUUGAUUGAGAAGAUUGAAAAGGUUGAUUUUAGGGUAAAAGAGUACUUGGAGGAUGCUGGAAGGGAAAAGUGGGCUCGACUGUAUUCGACCGUUAACAGAGGAUGGACAAUGACCUCAAAUAUAGCUGAAUGUAUUAAUGGAAAAUUGGUAGCAGCAAGAGAGUUGCCUAUUUUAGAUUUUCUUGAAGAAGUGAGGAAGAUGUUUGGGAGAUGGAAUUGCACUAAUAGGAGGAACGGUACAUACACAUUCACAACACUUGGAAAAGCAUUCCAUCAAUUAUUAUCAAUAAGCGAAUGUAAAUCUCUACGUAUGACGGUUGAACCAUCAACUGAAUAUGUGUAUACCGUAAAUAAUGAGGCAAGGCGUUUCACAAUUGAUCUUAAAAAGAAAACAUGCAGUUGUCGGAUGUUCCAAAUGGACGAGAUACCAUGUCCACAUGCAUGA